AGAUUGAUUUCGACGGUGCGCGCGUCAAGUUGUGUUCUCGAGAUCUCGUCUUAAUUUAAUAACAUUCCAACAUCAUUUUUCUCGUUUGUUUUGUUACAUAAGAUAUUUAAACCAUCAACUAAUUGACUUUACCGAGUCCAGACACAACUAGAGACGUCUGCCAAAAGAAUAUACCGAAUAUAAAAAGAGUCUGAGAUUAAAUCAGCUGAAGAAGAGCUGCACACGCACAACACACACACCCCAUCAACACACACAAAGAUACACACGCCAAAUAUAAAACGACGAAAAUGACAACGAGAUUCGCCUACAUUGUGUUAAUCGCUUUAAUUGCGAACAUCUUAUCAGCUUGGGGACUGCGGUGUCAUCAGUGCAACACCCACGACAACGAUGAUUGCGAAAGUCUGAGGGUGAAUACGCCACGUGCCCAGCUCGACGAUCAAUAUCUGAAGGAUUGUGCGCCGAAGGAUGGACAGCCGCCGUUCUGCCGGAAGACGAUCAUUCGGCUGGAGGUGCCGCCGGAGCAACGGAUUGUGCGCAGCUGUGGCUGGGUUCAGGAGAAGAUGCACAAUACCUGUUUCACUGCCGACAACGAGGGCUACAAGGAAACGAUUUGCACAUGCAGUGACGAGGGCUGUAAUGCUGCCGGCUUCUCUAGCCCUGGUUUGGUCACACUCCUCGCAGCUCUCUCCGUCUCCUUGGGCUGUGCUGUGCUGCUGCGACGCUGAUUCCCUUCCAUCUCAUCUACACUAACCUGCAUAUCUAAUCUCGAUAGAAAGUCAUUAUUAUGAAAACAAUUUCUUUAAAGUAGAAACACUUUGCUUUGAUCCAAGAAAACUUUAAAUUUUCUUAAGAAACUUAUUUCCAAAACCUGAAAAUUAUUAGUUUUUUUAAGCACUUUUUUUUAAAGAUACUUUGUUAAACAAAAUACAAUAUUUAAAUUUGUUCUUUUGACAUCUUUCUAUAAUUUAAAUAAGUUCUUUGCUUGCUCCAAUUGAACUAGAUACAGUUAAAAAAAAACAUACUUAUACAAUAUUUUUAAAAUUCUAUAUCAUAUUUUGUUUGAGUUAGUAGACACAAAACUAGAAAUUUAAUAAAAGCCGUACAAUAUUAGCAUUUAAUUAAUUGUUUUCGCGCAAUUGCGAAAUUUCGCAUUUGUAUUUGAUAAUUGUACAAGAAACAACUUUGAUAGUAACAAGUAUUCAAGCAUAUGAUUUGAUAUUUUAUAUUUUUGGUGUAACUUUAAUUCUCUUAAGAAAAUUAUACGCAAAGGAAAAAAAUGAGUAAAGUACAUAUUUAUGAUUCAGAUAUAAAACGAAUCAAAAGUGAACACAGCGGCAAAAGUCUUAAGCCAAGAAUAAAUUCAUAGAUAUAAACAAA